UCUAUUAGAUAAUGCUGCUCCAAAAAGAAUAGAAAUAAGAAGUAGUCAGUGGUGAAAAAAAUGGAACGUAAAAACCUUAACUGAUCCGUCAAAAGCAGAAACCUACCUGAUAUGGUUGUGGUAAGGAUUAUAGGAAAUGAUGCAAAAAUAUUUUCCAUUAAGCCUGGCACAGAACAUUUAUGAACCGACGGCUACUUUUCUCCUAAUUUGCCAAAGAUUCCACGUUCUCAUGUGUUCAUGACACCAUUAGAUGAGGCAUGAACUUUUCAAUUUGCCACAGUCCCCACCAUUCCUUGUUGUCUUUACAUGCAGCCCAUUUUACUCACUUACGUUAACUGGCAGCUCUUUCCUAUAACAUGUAUGGCAUUUCCUCUUCAGCCUGUCAUUACUACUCUCAUCUUGUGUAACCUCUUCACCUGUCUUCUCUCUUGCUCUGUGCUUUCCGUGCCAGGAAGGGAAGCUUUCACUAGGUUAGAAACUGUAAGGAUUUUUUUUUUCCAUCAUAUUCAGAAGUCUGGGGAUUGACACUCCAUUGUUGAUAUGAUAGGUUUCCUGUUAUCAGGGACCCAGGCCCCUCCUGUAUUUUGUUCCGCAAUGUCAAUGCAUAACUUGCAUCUCGUGGUCAUCUCUCCACUGUGUUCCAAAAUGGCUGCUGGAGUUCCAGCCAUAAGAUUUGUAUUCCAGGCAAGAAGUAAAGGAACAAGAGGGAUAGGCAGAAAAGAUGCUAGCCAGCAGUCUGCCUCGUCUCCCCAUCUCACGCACUUCUUAGAGAGCCUUUCUCCAAGUCCCACUGAAAAAGUACCUCUUCUGUCUUAUUAGCCACCUGUAGCAGUAGGGAAGGCUGGGAAAUACAAUGUUUUUAGCUGUAUGUAGUCCUGAUGCCAGAGAAGAAGGGAUGAGUGGACAUUGGGUGGGUCACGUCCACCUCUCUUAGAAUCUCCAUCCAACCCCAAGAACAAUCUUUUAAAAAUCAAAAAUAGAUAAGCUCACUCCUAGCUGAAGCGAUCAAAGGUGUCCAUCCACUGAGAAUGAAACUCAUCAUUCAUUGUCCUUGGGACCUGCAAAGCCGCACAUGAUUUGGCCCCUGCCUUCUCCUGGCUCCAGCUCCUCUGGCCUCUCUGCUGAUUAGCAGAGUGAUUAAAAGCCCCCACUCUAGCCACAUCAACUCUGCCACUUACUUGCUGUGUGACCGUGAGAAAGUUUCUUAACCUUCCCGCUCCUUACAGGAUGAUGCAAAUAAUAUAUUAUAGGGUUGUUGCAAGAUUUAAAUGAGAAAAUAUGUACAAAGCUCUUAAAACAGGUUCUGGUAUUUAGUGUUUACCAUGUAAGUACUAGCUAUUAAUAUUCAUAGUUGCUCAAACGUACCCCAGACUGUCCUACUUCGGGGCCUUUAUACUUGGUCUUCCCUCGAUUUGUUUUUCUCCGAGAUUUCCCCCUUGCUUCAUUCAGAUCUCUGCUCAAAUUUCCCCUCUUUAGAGAAGCCUUAGCUGCCCACCCUAUUUAAAGUAAGAUAGCUACAUCACUCUCAAUACUCUUUCCCGGCCUUAUAUUUUAUGACAUCGCUCACCAUCUGAAAUUACAUACUUACUUAUAAUCCUCCUGUUUCUAGAAAGGCAGGUCCUUGGCAACAUCACUCUAUUCCAGCCUCAAGAACACUACCUGGUAUGAUGCCAGAUAAAUAAAUGUAGAUGGAUGGAUGGGUGUGUGCAUGGGAAUAUAAAGGUGGGUAGGUGCAUUCAUGGAUAGACUUGUGGGGAGAUGGACCAAUAAAUCAAUGUGUGCUUGGGUGAAUUAUGGGUAGAUAAAUGGGCAGAUAGAUGGAUGAAUAUAUGGAUAAAUGAAUAGAUGCAUGGAUGAAUGGAGAACAGAUGGAAGGGUGAAUGAAUGUGUGGUUGAAUAGAUACAUGUACAAUAGAUGGAUGGCCAGAGGAUGGAUGGAUGGAUGGAUGGAUGGAUGGAUGGAUGGGUGUUUGAGUAGAUGGAGUAAAUGGAUAGAAGCUGGGUGGAUGGACAAAUGGAUGAGUAGAUGGAUGGUGGAAUGCAUGGCUGAGUAGAUGAAGACAGGUAGAUGGAGACGUUGACAGAUGGAGGGGAGGUUGAAUGCUAUCACUUUUGUUUUUCAGGCCGUCUCCCACGUGUCCUGCCCCUGUGUGCCUCUGUGUCUUUGCUGGGUGGUCUCACCUUUGGAUAUGAACUGGCCGUCAUUUCAGGUGCCCUGCUGCCACUGCAGCUUGACUUUGGCCUAAGCUGCUCAGAGCAGGAGCUCCUAGUGGGCAGCCUACUCCUGGGGGCUCUCCUCGCCUCCCUGGUGGGGGGCUUCCUCAUCGACCGCUAUGGCAGGAAACAAGCCAUCCUCGGCAGCAACUUGGUGCUCUUGGCAGGCAGCCUGGGCCUGGGCCUGGCGGGCUCCCUGGCUUGGCUGGUCCUGGGCCGCGUGGUGGUUGGUUUCGCCAUCUCCCUGUCCUCCAUGGCCUGCUGUAUCUAUGUGUCAGAGCUAGUGGGGCCGUGGCAGCGGGGAGUGCUGGUGUCCCUCUACGAGGCAGGCAUCACUGUGGGCAUCCUGCUCUCCUAUGCCCUCAACUAUGCACUGGCCAGUGCCCCCCAAGGAUGGAGGCAUAUGUUUGGCUGGGCCGCCGCACCUGCUCUUCUGCAGUCGCUCGGCCUCCUCUUCCUCCCUGCUCAUGCAGAGGAGAUGGCAGCCCACAAGGAUCUUAUUCCACUCCAGGGAGGUGAAGCCUCCAAGCUGGGCCCAGAGAGGCCACAGUAUUCCUUUCUGGACCUCUUCAGGGCACGGGAUAACAUGCUAGGUCGGACCACGGUGGGACUGGGGCUGGUGGUUUUCCAGCAGCUGACGGGGCAGCCCAAUGUGCUAUGCUACGCCUCCACCAUCUUCCGCUCGGUCGGCUUCCACGGGGGAUCCUCAGCUGUCCUGGCCUCUGUGGGGCUAGGUGCAGUGAAGGUGACAGCUACCCUAACUGCCAUGGGGCUGGUAGACCGUGCCGGCCGCAGAGCCCUGUUGCUAGUUGGCUGUGCCCUCAUGGCCCUCUCAGUGAGCGGCAUAGGCCUUGUCAGCUUUACUGUGCCCAUGGACGCAGGUCCAAGCUGCCUGGCCAUGCCCAAUGCCACUGGGCAGACAGGCCUCCUUGGAGCCUCUAGCCUGGUGAAGGGCUCAUCUUCACCUGUGAUGCCAAGCACCAGUGAGGACCACGGGAAGCCAUUCUUGUCAACUGUUAAGAAAACCAAGCCCUACUUCAGAGAUGGAGACCCCACAGCCUCUGCCCUGCCAGCACUGAGCACCGGCGUCCCGGUGUCCCCGCUCCCCUCCCCCGAGCACACACUGCUGCGCUGGACAGCCCUGGUCUGCCUGAUGCUCUUCGUCAGUGCCUUCUCCUUUGGAUUUGGACCCAUGACCUGGCUUGUUCUCAGUGAGAUAUAUCCCGAGGAGAUCCGAGGGAGAGCCUUUGCCUUCUGCAACAGCUUCAACUGGGUCACCAACCUCUUCAUCAGCCUCUCCUUCCUCGAUGUCAUCAGUGCCAUCGGUUUGUCCUGGACCUUCCUGCUCUACGGACUGACCGCUGCUCUUGGCCUGGGCUUCAUUUACUUAUUUGUUCCUGAAACAAAAGGCCAGUCCUUGGCGGAGAUAGACCAGCAGUUCCAGAAGAGACGGUUCACCCUGAGUUUUGGCCACAGGCAGCGCUCAGCUGGUGUCCAGUACAGCCGCCUUGAGGCCUCAGUGGCCCCCUGAGAAGCCCCUCUGAGCCAUGGCUUCAGCAGACCACCUCCAGCUUCCUGCUUUCCAGGUCCCAAGCACAAGUUCCAGUGGCCCUUCAGGAGCUGCCCUACCCUAAAGGAGGUCUUUUUUGCUGGGGUGAGAGGAAUGACAGUCUGAGAACCCCAAAUGCUUGAUUUUGAGUCUCAGACCCUGAAAGUUCCCAGUGAUCUAGCUCCAUGCCUCAGUUUCCCCACUGACUGCACAUCUCUGCAGUAUAUUUAACAAGAGCAACUUACAGGGUCUUGUUGCAGCCUGGACUUUCUCAGAGAAUCUUUAGAGUACCAAUCCUGGGGGGAAGUCACUCCUAAAUCCAACUGAGUCACCCCUAAAUCCAACUGAGAAUAUCAGGGCUUACACUCUCUUUUUAUCUGGCUGAGACAUCCCAGUGACCGGUAGGCCUGCUUUGUGGCUCUUAUUUCUGAGUUUUGUUCAAGCUUUCUAAUUCUCUUAUCCAGAAUAUUAUUUAGCAGCAAGUCUGGUUGAGACCUGAGUGCUACUUCUGGUUCUGCUGGUGUCACUGCAGUGUGACCAGGGGCCUUCGUCCCCCAUGCAUAAUGGGGGGCCUGGACCAGGUCAUUAGUAAGGUCCCUUCUGCCUGCACUGAGCUGGAGUUCUAAAUGCUGGUAACACUACAGAUAUUCACAUGGGCCCUGCUCUCAAGUUGCUGGGUACUUCUUUAAGAGAUAAGGUUUUAAUUUGUAGAAGUGGUAGGAUUCUAGAGCUGUGCACACUGAAAUCCAGGAAGCCAGCACAGCACCUGUAAACAAGCACCAGGGGCUGUUUCCAGAAUGGUGCAGGCUGGCUUUGCAGAAGGAGAUGGGUUUGGAGGUCAACAAUCCUGGUGGUCAGGGUCAUCUCCACCUCUUGGCAGCCAUGGGCGUUGGGUAAGUAACAAGACCACAGUUCCUUUGUCUAUAGAAUGGGACAAUUUGGCCCUAAGGGUGUAUUUAACCCCAGGCUCCCUUCAGGAGGGUCCUCAGCUGGUCCAUGGCCAGUCCUGGCUAAACUGCAUGUAUAUUUGACUUUGGAUAUGAGUGUUUCUGCUCACCCUCUGUUACCCAUGUCCCCACUUUUGGGACAUGGGGACUGAGCAAGUAGCUGAGGCUGGAAGUCACUUGAGGAAGGGGCUGACAAGAAGGAGCUGUGAGAUGCUGAGGAGGAUGGGGAUCCUGGGUGCGGACGCUGGACCAAACUUCAUCAUCCCUGCCUGUGCACCUGGGUGCUGGCAUAGCCCCCGGGAACCCUGGCCCCUCAAAUUCUCCUCUCCUCUCGUUUGCCAGGUGCCUCCCUUCUAUCCAGUGGAGUGCUGGAGCUGGCUGUGCUGGCUUGUGAGAGCUAACCUCAUUUUCAAGAUGUUUUCAAGCUAGUUGGUAAUCACAGCCUUUAUAAAAAAAAAAAAAUGUUUCAAAUGUAUGAUUAAGUAAGUUAUAUUAAAACAAAGCUAUCUACGAUCUCAAAACUUAUCACCUCUUAAUUCUUUUACUGUGAUUUACUGUUACUCUGUGCUCUUGAGUUUGCCUCCAUGCCGUGUAUUUUGCGGGGGCCGUGGGGAGGCAGCAUACGUCCCUUCCCGAUCCUGUGUUCAGCGAUAUCACGUGGGUUAUGUGUUGCUCAACUGACUACGGAGAAUAUAUUUAUGUCACAGAGAUUACAGAGCAUUUCGGGUCUGGGCUUUAUUUAUUGUUCUGUUGAUUUUCUAGCCUUAAGAACAUGUGAGAUUCAAUGGUAAUAAUGCAAAUUAGGCUUAAAAGUGUGUCUUGUUUAUAGUCGACUCAUUGUGACUAGCACAAAAAAUGGAGGGAAUAUUCUCCCAGUAUUUGAAGCCCAUUGUUCAGUUCUGCGGGCGUUUGCUCAUGUCCCUGAAGGGGGCGCUGUGUCUUUAUUGUUUUCCUUUCGUCUUCCUGGUUAAUGCCAACAAAAAUUGCAAUUAGCAUUCCUGCUAGACCUAAACUCUUUCUAUGGUGUGAUUAGUCAUUUUUAUUAUCUAAUUUUGUCAAAUGAUGGCUAAACCGCAGGGAUAAUUGGCUUUGGAUACAAAUGUGUGGCAAAAAAUCAAAAAAAGCAUUCUGUAAGAGCUAAUUGGCUAGCUGGAAAUUAUAUUAAUAAUAAAGAGUAUUUACAAUGAGGAGUUAUUUUUGUUGGAUUGUUUUGAGACAGUCUUACUCUUUUGCCCCAGGCUAAAGUGC